AUGAAUGCUCACUUUGCUUACAUAUCCAUUUUGAUGGUCGUCGUCGGUUUUGUGUUCUACCUAAAAAAUGAAUUGGACGUCAGUUACGAUGGCUUGGAAGCCCUGAAAAGAUCUCAGGCGGAAGAAGAAACAAAUUUUAAACAAAAGUUAAAGUUUUUCGACAGCAGUUUUGAAAAGUGCAAGAUGAAGUUGCAGGACACUGAGCAGAAGCACAAAUCAGAGCUUGAAUCUCUCAGCAAGAAAGUUGUUGAAGGUAAACAGGCCCUGGAAAAAUGCUCCAACGAUAAACAAUCCAUGGAGCAAAGUUUAAAAAAGGUCCAAACCUCCCUUGAUGCCCUACAGCACGAGAGUUCUCACUCUGAGAGGGAGCUUGCAAGUUGCAGGGGCGAGAAGGAUCACCUGAUCUCGAAGAUCAAAGAAGAUUCACAGAAGUAUGAGACGUGCAUGUCGACGAGCGCUCAGUGUGCUGCUGACAAGUCCCACCUGCAGAACGAACAUGAGAAGUUGAGAGUUCAGCUGCAGGAGUCAGCAGCAGCAUGUGAUGGUGCGAAGAACAAUGAGGCACAGCUGACAAACAACUUACGAGAGUGCCAGCAGAAAGCAAAUGUUCUUCAAGAUAAUGUCAAUCAGCAGUCUCAAGCUGCUACCUCGUGCAUCGAUCAGAAACAAAAGUGCGAAGCUGAAAAGCAAACUUGCUUGCAUGCAGCUGAACAACAAGCUGCUCAACUUCAAACUUUUUCUGAUCAGUUGCAGGCUCAAAAAGCAGCUGCUGAAAGAGCAGCUGCAGCCCAGCAAGAAGCUGAGGCAAGAGCAACUGCAGCCCAGCAAGCAGCUGCUGAACAGGCAGCAGCAGCUCAACAAGCAGCUGCAGAAAGAGCAGCUGCAGCCCAACGAGCAGCUGAUGAACGUGCAGCUGCUGAACGUGCAACAGCUGAACGAGCAGUAGCUGAACGUGCAGCAGCUGAACGUGCAGCAGCUGAACGUGCAGCAGCUGCACGAGCUGCUCAGGAGCAAGCAGCUGCUGAAGAAGCCAAAAGAGUUGCUGCAGAACAGCAGGCAGCAGCAGAGCAAGCAGCUAAAAAACCAGCUGCUUAG